AUGUUCAAAGAAUUUGAGUGUGAAGAUUGUAAAGCAAAGAGACUUGUUGAAGAAAAAGCAAAGGCCAAGAUUCGACCCCGUGUUAUAUCGGACUGUGGUGUAAAGAUAGAUUGCCGAGCUCGUGACCCAAAGAUCGAUCGAGAUCGAGGUGUUGAAGGAAUUGGUGUGAACUAUGGUCUCCUGGGAAAUAAUCUACGACCACCAGCCCAAGUGAUCAAUCUUUUGAAGUCCAGAAACAUCCAAAAAAUACGAAUUUUCGAUCCCAAUCAGGAUGUCUUAACGGCAUUACAGGGAUCUGAUAUUUCUGUAAUUCUUGGUAUCCGAAAUGAAGACCUGCAAUCACUUGCUAGCGAUCCCACUUUUGCUACAAAUUGGGUACAAAACAACGUAAUUCCACAUGCUUCAACUGUCAAAUUUACGUACAUUUCAGCAGGUAAUGAAGUCGUACCAGGACCAUUAGCAAACUUCGUAUUAGGAGCGUUGCAAAAUCUCGACUCUGCACUGAAAGCCAACAACCUUAACAUACCUGUUUCAACUACAGUCUCAUUACAAGUGUUAGGAACCUCGUUUCCUCCUUCGAACGGAGCGUUCUCUGAUAGCGCCGUUCAAUUCCUGCAGCCCAUAGCACAAUUUUUAGCUACAAAACAAUAUCCACUACUGGCUAAUGUGUAUCCUUAUUUUGCUUAUUCUGGAAAUCCUGCUCAAAUUCAAUUAGACUAUGCACUUUUGAAAGGCACGGGUCCGAUUGUAAGUGACGGCCAAUUCCAAUACAACAACCUGUUUGAUGCAAUGGUGGACUCUUUGUAUGUUGCAUUAGAGAAAGUUGGACAACCUGCGGUAGAAGUCGUGGUUACAGAGACAGGUUGGCCAAGUGCUGGCGAUGUCGCUGCAACUAUAGACAAUGCUCAAACAUAUGCAAACAAUUUGAUUGCACAUGUUUCUUCUGGACAAGGAACUCCUAGGAGGCCUGGCAAAGUUUUGGAGACGUACAUUUUUGCUCUCUUUAACGAGAACCAAAAGCCCGCUGGUGUCGAGGAAAAUUUUGGUUUAUUCUAUCCUGAUAUGACUGAGCACAACUCCACACUACUGGAAAAUGGGCCUAUGGCAACAACGGGAAAACCGUUGCAAUUGAUAGUCUCUGAUCUCGCAAUUGCGAGGUCAGGCUUCACAAUUGCGAGCCUAGCAGUCUUGGCAAUUGCAAGGGCUUUAUAUCAAUUGCGGAGAAGCCCAGGCCUACCUUGCUCUAAUAUCGCAAUUGCCAGGUCAGGCUUGGCAAUUGCAAGCCUAGCAGGCUUGGCAAUUGCGAGGGCUUUAUCGCAAUUGCAGAGAAGUCCAGGCCUACCUUGUUCACAUUUGCGAACCUCUCUUCGCAAUUGCGAAGUCAUCAGGGAGGGGCCAGUCAUCGCAAUUGCGAGAGGAGCUGACAUGCAGCAGGUAUUGGUGCCAGACCUUGUGAGUAGCUUUAGGCUGCAUUCAGUCCAGGGAGACCAAGGUAGAUCUACUGGUGUUCUCAAAGCCUGA